AUGGGGAAAAAGAACUUUGUCACCACCGAAGACCUUAAUCUCGAGUUGGUGGACCCUGGCACCAUCAAGAUUGAUUGCUCUGGCGCGUACAUAGGAAAUGACCACCUUUUCAAAACUUCAGAACCCACAAGCUCCAAGUCUGUGCGAUCGAGGACUGCUGCUGCUACUAAUGGCAGUAGGAUCAACUUGACCAAUGGAGCUGCUACCGAGCAAUUCACUUCGUCAUCUUCAAAUUCGUCCUCGGAAGACUCAGACUCCGAGCACAACUCUAGGCUGCCAUCGAUAAUAAGCGUAAACGAGUCGAGCAAUAUCCCAUUGAGUGGAGAUGAGUUUGAUUUGACCAAGAAUAUAACGCUACCAAAGCACAACUCCGAGAUUAUCCACAUAUCUGUGGACAUUGGGGGGACUUUGACCAAAUUGGUAUACUUCACCAAGAACCAUUGCACUAGCCCAGACCACCCUAGCUCCAGUAGCAGGUCACACUUGGGUGGUAAGCUCCACUUUAAGGACUUCCAGACCGAGAAUUUUGAGAAGGAAGUACUCAAGUAUAUAAUCAAGCUUAUCAACAAGUCGUUCAACAAGGUAGACUUGGCACCUCCUAUCACAUACAUAAUGGCUACUGGAGGUGGUUCACACAAGUUUUACAAGCUCAUGACGAAAACCUUCAGCAAACGUAAGCUUCCCAUGAAGAUCGUCGCAAAGGAUGAAAUGGAAUGCUUGAUCAAGGGCUUGGACUGGUUCAUCACCAAGAUUCCCAACGAAAUCUUCAUCUACGACUUGGAAGAUAACAACACCAAGUUCAUUUCUUCUCCCUACACGGAACAGGGGGAUAUAUACCCGUAUUUACUAGUGAAUAUUGGCUCUGGUGUUUCCAUGGUGAAAGUUGUGGGGCCAGGUCCAACAGGGUUUGAAAGAAUUGGGGGUUCUUCCCUUGGUGGAGGAACCCUCUGGGGACUUCUUUCGCUUUUAACUGAGGCAAAGGACUACAACGAAAUGCUUGAAAUGGCACUGAGAGGCGACAAUGAAAACAUCGACUUACUCGUGGGAGAUAUCUAUGGGAGCAACUAUAACAAGAUUGGAUUGAAGUCCAAUCACAUUGCCUCAUCGUUUGCGAAGGUGUUCAAGAAAUUAAGAUUCAGCGAUAACCAGUCUAGAGAGCUCACACCACUGGAGAAAUUGAGUCAAUUCAAGCUGGAGGAUAUUGCCAGAUCGUUAUUGUAUCUGAUUUCAAAUAACAUCGGACAAAUUGCGUAUUUACAAGCAUUGAGGUUCAAGUUAAAGAGAAUCUACUUUGGAGGAAGUUACAUUUCAGGUCACAUGCAGACCAUCCAUACAUUGAGUUAUGCUGUCAAUUUCUGGUCCAAAGGAGAUAUGAAGUCAUAUUUUUUGAGGCACGAGGGAUACCUUGGCAGCGUUGGGGCAUUCAUAAUGGGUCCAGACACUGUUCAACCCAGCAAGGAAGUACAAGUCGAAGAUCCCAAAAUACGCCAAACUCAACCAGUCAAAGCGGAAUUAAUAACUACAUAA